AUGGCAUCGAAAGUUUCUCUAAAGGAUUUCAGUAUGAGAAUGGCCGAAUUCGAUGAAACGUCCGAUAAUAUGCGCGACGGAAUGAACAAAUACCCAAAGUCAUUCAGCAAGUUCGUGAGGUCACUUAGUGAAAACGAAAGAAUAGGAUUUCUGGGUAAACUUCCAAGGCCAUUGUUGCUGGAUUCAUUCGAUAAAUUGGAACCCAAAGACUUGGGAGCGUACUUGUUGAGCCUCAAUCAGGUGGACGCAGCCGCACAGUUGGUCACACUACCCGAAGAAAAGCGGGAGUUGAUGCUUGCAUUAUUACGGAAAACCCCAGAGUGCGAUAUUCCACGGAUCGUAAAAUAUCUAGAAGGACUAUCUCAUGUGAAGAAGAAUGCAACAGACUCUAAAGGGCGUCAGAUGCCGGUAGACAUGGGGGGUUUGAGGCUGGAAAAUAAUACAACUACAACUGAUUUUGUACCUGCACCCAAAAGCCACCGCCCACUGGACGUAAAAAGUCUGCAGAGUCAAUUCGAGGGAAAUAAAGUAAUAGAAAAAGCGAAGAGAGGCGACGUCAAGACUCCUCCCAAUGAAAAAAGCGAGGAGUACAUUGCGGAGAGCAGCGACGGCGAGGACAGUGAGGACAGCGAGGACAGUGAGGACAGCGAGGACAGUGAGGACGGCGAGGACAGUGAGGACAGCGACGACAGCGAUUACAGCGGUGACAGCGAUGACAGCGAUGACAACGACUAG